AUGAAACAAUUGAAGAAAAGAGGUUGCUGUUUCAGAUGUCUAAGUAACGGUCACGUGUCAAAGCUAUGCAGGGUCCAAGUGAAUUGUGGAAUUUGUGGUCAAAGACAUCAUGCUGUGAUGUGCCCUGAUAGAAAGAACGUUGAGUCUUCUAAAUCUCAAGAAGCAACGGAGAGUUCAAUCAAUUUUGGACAGUUCAAUACAUUGGCCAAUCCCACAUGUUCUACGAGUGUGUUUCUACAAACCCUGGUAGUGGUUCUUCGGGGAGAAACACAGGAUUUUGCUGUGAGGGCCCUCAUAGACACUGGAAGUCAGAAAUCUUAUAUUACGAAAGAAGCUGCUAAGAAAAUGCAGUAUCAUGCAUUAAAAGAAACAACUCUUGUUCAUACUUUGUUUGGAGGGAUGCAAAAUCUCCAGAAACAUUCAGAAUACAAGAUUUUUGUAAGUGAUUUUAACAAAAAUUAUCAUUGCACUUUUAACGCAUUUGACCAAGAGAAAAUCUGUGCCGAAAUUUGUCAGAUACCAACCGGAUUUUGGUCAAAGGAACUAGAGGAUAAUGGAAUCCAUCUAACGGAUCAAGAAUGUUUACCAUCUUGUUCUUCAUCAACAAUCCAUUUGCUUAUUGGUGCUGACAUAGCAGGAAAAUUGAUGACUGGAAAAAUCCUCAAUGUAACUUGUGGAUUAACUGCCACUGAGACUUUGCUUGGUUGGACACUUAUGGGAAGAGCACCAAGCAAUUUAGACUCUAUAAACAUGACAGUGACAAACUUACUUAUAAAAGAUUGUAAUAUAAGUGACUUAUGUAAGUUAGAAGCCAUUGGAAUUACUGAUCCUACUGAAUCUAAAAAGAAGACUGAAAUGCAUCAAAGUACUUUAGAUUAUUUUCGAAACACUCUGACGAUUAAUGAGGAAGGGAGGUACGAAGUCGCCUUACCUUGGGUGUUAGAAUCUUCCCGGCUCCCUGACAACAGACAAAUGGCCGAGAAACGACUUUCUUCUGUUUAUAAAAUACUUGUAGAAUCCGAGAGAGUUGGAGUAUAUGCAGAUAUCUUUAAAAAAUGGAUUACUGACGGUGUCAUUGAAGAAAUCGAAGAUAAAAAGGAAUUGAAUGUAUACUAUCUCCCGCACAGGCCUGUAUUUAAAGAGAACAGCAUUACUAAGAAAGUGAGGCCAGUUUUCGAUGCAUCCGCACUUAUAAAGGGUACACCCUCACUGAAUGCCUACUUAGAAAGUGGUCCUAAUUUAAUUGAACUUGUUCCUUCCCUACUGAAUCGUCUCCGGAAAUUUCCUGCUGGAAUAGCAUCAGACAUUGAGAAGGCAUUUCUUCAGAUCGGAAUCAGAGAGAGGUACAAGGAUUACCUGCGAUUUUUAUGGAAAACCAAAGACAAGGGAAUGAAAAUCUACAGACAUCGUAGAGUUGUGUUUGGUGUCACCUGCAGUCCAUCCCUUUUAGCGGCAACUUUGAAUUGCCAUCUGGAAAAAGCACCUGAAGAGCUCUUGGAUACUGCGGAAAUUUUGAAGAAUUCAUUUUAUGUGGAUAAUUGUGUCUGCAGUUUGAAGAAUAUAGAUGAAGCAGAUAAAUUUAUAGCUGAAUCGCAAGCGUUGAUGUCUUUAGGAAAAUUCAAUCUACGAGGCUGGGAAUCAAAUGCUUCACUUGAAAUUAUCGAUCAACCCGACAAAUACCAUGAAAACCCGUUUCGGCCGAAAGAUUCAAGUUCCCAAUCGGCUGGACCUGUGAACUGUUUGGAUUAA